AUGAUAUUUACAUUGUUUGCACCGACAAUUGAUGAUGUUAAACUUAUAUUAGAUGAUAAAGAUGUACUAAUGGAUAAACAAUCCGAUGGAACAUUUAUAUGUUCCGUCGACAAUCUUAGUGAUGGUGAUCAUCAAUAUAAAUUUCAAAUAAGUAAAAAAGGAUGGGUAUUAACAACAUCCAUUGAUAUUAUUGAUCCUUACGCUACUAAAUAUGAUCCUGAUGAACAAGUUGGUUAUAUAACAAUUAAAAAUGGAAAACGAUAUGAAGAAGAAUUUAAAUGGCAAUAUGAUCAAAUUAAAUUACCAGAUAAUAAAGAAUUAAUUUUAUAUGAAUUAUAUGUUGCUGAUUUUUCUGAUAGUGGAAAAUUCUUAAGUAUUAUUGAAAAAUUAGAUUAUUUGUCCGAUUUAGGUAUUAAUGCUAUUGAAUUAAUGCCAAUUAUGGGAUCAAAAGAAAAAGAACAUGAUUGGGGUUAUUUACCACGUCAUUUCUUUUGUCUUAAAUCAACAUAUGGUUCUAUUAAUGAUUUAAAAUUACUUGUUGAUAAAUGUCAUCAAAGAAAAAUUCGUGUUUUUCUUGAUUGCGUAUUUAAUCAUUCUGAUAAAGAUGCUUCUCUUGCUCUUAUUGAUAGAAAUUAUUGGGUAAAUAUUUCAUUGUUUUACUUAAUUUCUAUUAUCAUAUAUGAAAAUAAAAAUAAUUUUCAAUUAUAUAUUUAAUUUAGUA